AUGGUGGGAGAUUUCAACAGCGUCAGGAAUGCAGCGGAAAGGGUGGGCAUAUCUCAGAGGCGAAUGGACGAUACACCCAUCAAUGAUUUUAAUGAGUGGUUAGAGGACCUUGAAAUGGUUGAACCACCACGUAUAGGGAAGAAGUUCACUUGGUUUAGACCAAACGGAACAGCCAAAAGCAAACUAGAUAGAGCGUUUGUAUCAUCAGAAUGGCUCACCAAAUGGCCAGCUAGUUCGCAAUUAGUCUUAGAACGGAACUUUUUUGAUCAUUGCUUGGUGUUAUUCAAAUCUAAAAAUGUUGAAUGGGGGCCCAAACCUUUCAGAAUACUUGAUUUUUGGCUCAAGGAUAAAUCAUUUGGCAAAAUGAUUAAGGAAUGCUGGACUCAAACUCAGCAGAGUGGUUGGGGCGGUUUCGUUCUCAAAGAAAAGAUCAAAUGCCUUAAAGAAAGGAUGAAAACAUGGAACAAGGAGCAGUUUGGAGACACCUUUAAGAGGGUCCAGAAGAUAGAGGUUGAGCUUAACAAGUUGGAAUCUGAAUCAGAGGACAGGCAGCUGACUUUCCAAGAAAGUAUGAACAGGAAGAAAUUGCAACAAGAACUAUGGACAGCAGGCCAAGCCCAUGAAUCUCUAAUGAGACAGAAGGCGAGAUCGAGAUGGAUCAAGAAAGGGGACUGCAACUCUCGGUAUUUCCACCUGUUGAUUAACUCACAUCGAAGGUUUAAUGUAAUAAAUGGUGUGACUAUUAAUGGCUCUUGGGUUGAGAAACCUAGUAGAGUUAAAUAG